CCCAUGCUCUGAUCCUUUCCAUGUACGUUUCUCCAAAACCAUUCUCUUCAUUCACAAACAUGGAGUCCUCUUUCUCGUUUCUAAUCCCUACCCUCGCUGGCAUGAUCUUUGCCUUCGCAAUCAUUCUCUAUUGCUUUGCUUCGCCGCCGAUAAGAUCAAAAAAUAAGAGAGGAAGCGUCGAUGGCCACAAAGAAGCCUCCCUGCCAGAAGCUGGCGGCGCAUGGCCUUUGAUUGGCCAUCUCCAUCUCUUAGGAGGCCCGGUACCACCCCAUAUAGUCCUAGCAAACAUGGCUGACAAGUACGGGCCAAUCUUCAUCGUCAAGAUGGGUAUCCAUCGAGCCUUGAUAGUUAGUAAUUGGCAGAUAGCCAAGCAGUGCCUUACGGUGAACGACAGAGUCUUUGCGACUCGACCCAAGUCUAUUAGCUCCGAGAUCAUGGCCUACAACUAUGCCAUGUUUGGCCUUGCUCCCUACGGCUCUUAUUGGCGCCAUGCGCGCAAGCUCACCAUGCUGGAGCUCCUCUCCAACCACCGAUUAGAAUUGCUCAAGCACAUCCGGGAAUCAGAGGUCCAAGCAUCAAUAAACCACAUAUAUAGGCGAUGUAUAGAAAACUACAAUGAUGCACCAAAGAAGGUGUUGGUGGACAUGAAGCGAUGGUUUGGUGACAUUACUCUAAAUGUGAUCUUUAGGAUGAUAGUUGGGAAACGUUAUGAGGACGAACAAGAUGAGAAGGGUCGAGAUGCUUUGAGGGAGUUCUUUGACUUGGCUGGGAGGUUUAUAGUGUCCGAUGCGCUCCCGAUUUUAAGGUGGUUCGAUUUGGACGGGUACGAGAAGAUGAUGAAGAAGACGGCCCGAGAGCUAGAUCGUGUGGUUCAGGGAUGGCUUAAUGAGCAUAAAAUCAGAAGAAAUAGUAACAAGAGACGUGGAAAUGACAAGAACAAUGACCAGGAUUUCAUGGACGUGAUGCUCUCUAUUGUAGAUGCUACCGAAGAGUUUCCAGGUUACGAUGCUGAUACUUUCAUAAAAGCAACAUGCAUGGGACUCGUUUUAGCUGGUUCAGAUACCACCUCGGUUUCUCUAACAUGGGCCUUGUCUUUGUUGCUCAACCAUCGUGAAGCCCUAAAGAAGGCCCAACACGAACUAGACACUCAAAUCGGUAGAGAAAAGCGAGUUAAAGAAUCAGACCUCAAGAAUUUGGUCUACAUCCAAGCCAUCAUCAAGGAAACCCUACGUUUAUACCCGGCAGGCCCACUUGGCGUCCCACAUGAAUCCAUGGAAGACUGUACCGUGGAUGGCUAUCACGUCCCAAAGGGCACUCGUCUCCUCUUCAACUUCUGGAAGAUCCAUCGAGACCCACACAUAUGGUCGGACCCUCUCAAAUUCCGGCCGGAGAGAUUCUUGACCACCUACAAAGAUGUCGACAUCCGAGGCCAAAAUUUUGAGCUAAUACCAUUCGGAAGUGGUCGGAGAAUGUGCCCCGGAAUCAAUUUAGCCAUGCAACUGAUGUCGUUGUCCCUUGCUGCUCUUCUGCACGGUUUCGAAGUUACGACUUUGGCAAAUGAACCGGUUGGCAUGACCGAGGCAAUCGGACUGACAAAUCUCAAAGCCACCCCACUCGAAGUCCUUGUGACUCCACGCCUUCAAGAGCGCGCAUACAAGUGACUCUCCACUAAAAAUGGUGAAAUCUUCAGGCUCUACAUUUGAAGCGCCUCUCCAGCAUGUUCCCACUUAGGUAGCGGACUAUGUUUCUAAAAAUAAGUUGAAGCUGUUACUGAUUUAUUAACAACUUAUGUUGCGACCUUUUCUGAGCUAAACCAUCUAGAAAGUCAAUGGAUUGCUAAGCCCAAAGCCUUCGUGCAAA